UGAGAGGUUUUAUCACCAAUUUAUGCCUCCUUUAAAAUUUCUCCAGAUUAGCCAGUUCACAGGUUUAUCUCUGCACACGUAGCUGCCAUUGUGUUUCUAUGAGAACCUGAAGUUAAUUACUAUGAUUUACUGCUGAUUAGAGAGCUGUAGAGAGAUUUUGCCAUUACAUUACCACUCACUGCCAGAAACCCGACCGUGGUUUCCAGGGAAACUGGAAAUGUGAAGCUUUUCAACAGACACAGCCACAGCCUAAAGAGCGAGGAUUGCCUAAGAUAGAUUCUUCUAGAGACAAACCUGUACCCACUGCAAUCAGCAUCAAUCACCGGGGGGAGAUGCACGGACAGAUGUUUGUCUCAAUCGGUGCUGAGAUUUGCAAUGUUUGACCCAAAUCUGAAGAAGAGUUGUGGAGUGGCUUCAGCCUGACUUUAGACUGCUGAGGUAAUUCUAGCCCUUUAAUGCGGAGACAGAAUGGGAAGCCUUAAGGAUGAGAUGAGAGGUGUCACGGAGGACCACCAGCCUUGCGAGAAGACGGAUAAUGGGGGGCAUCCAGGAGGCUCAGAUAGCACUGCUGCACCUGAAGGACCUCAACUGUACAGGAGUCAAGAGUCAACCACUCAAGGGGACUAUCAGUCGGCACUACAGGGGAAUGUCAGCUCAGUUGAGGAGAAAGAGAAAAACCUAAUAUCUAAAGAUCAAGUGCUUUCAGGGGGGGAUUAUGGCAAUGCUGACCUAACAGACACUGAACGAGUUAAAAACUGCACACAAAUUGAUGCCAUGCCUGCAAUGGUGGAGCACAAUAAAACAACAACGGCAGCUACAAAUAAUGAUGCAACGGUGUCGAUCAAGUUUCUGAGUGAUGAAGAUGGAAAACCUGAAAUUCAAGAGGAAAACUUUGAGGAUCAAAAUCGCAACAGAGAAAAAGAUGCAGUAAUUGAGAAAAUCUCAGUUGCUGUCCCAUCAACUCCAGACCCUUGUGACCCACGCUCCCCGGCCCCUUUUGGGCAGCACCACAUGCGCACACAGGUGAGCCUCGAGGUGGUGCAGUGCUGCUCGGCAGCAACCAGCCCCAUGACUCCUCCAGAGGGCAGCCAUUCCUUCUUCUUCCCAAGUUCUUUUGGGAAACCUCAAGCCGUGGGCACCGACACUAAAGAUGCAGAGUUGCAGGUGGGUCAGCAAGUGGAGUUCUGCUCUGUCGCCACAUCCCCCAUGACCCCAAAGUCCCCGUAUAGCACGGCUUUCCCAGAGUUUAUCGGGAGAGAGCCAGCGCAAAGGGAUGAGAAAGUGAAAAAGAAUGAGGAGCAGAGGGAGACUGGUCAGCAGGAGACAAAAGUUUCAGCAGAGGCUGCGUCAGAAACAACUGAAAUUUUAAAAUUUACUGCAUCAAAGGAGAUGACUGAGAGUUCCACCAACGGAGUGGAUGCUGAGUUAAUAGGUGCACAUGUAAGUGUGGAGGAUAGCAAUCAGCAGUGUAAGCAGCAGAGGAUGGGAAGUAUGGAUCAAGAUAUUACAAUCUUGGUGACCCAGUAUGGCAACAAUGAGGAGGAAGAAACGGACAAGGCUGAGUCGUUUUUUUAUUCUGUUGAACCGGAGAUGGUCAAAAUAGAUGAAGAUGAGGUUGGAGAAAACUGCAGUGAUAUAAACAGGGAGGACGGAAAGGGAAAGUCCUUCAGUGAAAGUGUUCACGGGACCACAAACGAUCCACAAACUAAAGAACCUUCUGCUGCUGUCAGUGAACAUCCAAAAACAUACACGGGAUCCGAGCAGUCAGAGGUCAAAGACGACAAAGAUGCAGGUGAAAAAAAGAGAGUUGUUUCUGCAAAAAAAUCCCCCAUCCCUGAAUCACCGGCUCCCUUUGGCUGCCACAACAUCCGCACACAGGUGAGCCUGGAGGUAGUGCAGUGUCAGUCUGUGGCCACCAGCCCCAUGACCCCUCCUGAGGGGGACCAGGCCUUCUAUUUCCCCAGCUCUUUUGGAAAAUGUGGGGCUGUGGGCACAGAGACUAAAGAUGCUGAGCUGCAGGUGGGUCAGCAGGUGGAAUUUCGCUCUGUCGCUACCGCACCCAUGACCCCGAGAACUCCCACGAUUAUGACUUUCCCUCAGGUCAUGAAGGAGCCUAGCAUAGAGGAGAAGAUAGUGGAGGAGGAAGAGGAAAAGAAAGAAGAGGCAACAGAGGAGAAAGAGGAAAAGAAAGAGGAGGCGACAGAGGAGAAAGAGGAAAUGAAAGACGAGGCGAAGAAGGAGAAAGGGGAAAAGAAAGAGGAGGCGACGGAGAAGAAAGAGGAAAAGAAAGACGGGGCGAAGGAGGAGAAAGAGGAAAAGAAAGAGGAGGCGAUAGAGGAGAAAGAGGUAAAGAAAGAGGAGGUGAUGGAGGAGAAAGAGGAGAAAGUAACGCAAGAGAAAAAGGUGGAGGGAGUUGAAGAGAACACAAAGGAGGAAAUAAACUGUAAGGAGAAAGAUGAGGAGAAAUGCGAGGAGCCAGUGCAGGAGGUGAGCUGGGAUGAGAAGGGGAUGACGUGGGAGGUGUACGGAGCUGUGGUGGAAGUAGCCGUGCUGGGCUCUGCCAUCCAGAAACACCUGGAGAAGCAGGUGAAGAAGCAGAAGAGGCAAUCCUCCAUGCCCCCGCCGCCUCCGCUAAACCCCUCAGCUACACCCCUGACCUCAGAGAUAGCCCAGGGGGGUUCAGGUAAGGGCCGUGCAGGGAGGAGAGGGGAGCAUGAUGGGAAAGCGGGCCGACGCAGAAGAAACCCCUUCCGCCUGCUGAUGGAGAAUAUGCAGCAGCCACACUGUUGCUCCAGAGCUCAUACCACUGAGUGACAGGAGAGAAAGUUUACAUGGUAUCCGAUACACGUGGUCGAUAUCCAGUGCAUCCACUGAAUGACGUCGUCUUGACGGUGUGAGAAAAAGAAGGAAAAAAUUCACACCUUCACUCAAGACAAGCAAGCACAAAAGGAUUUAAUAUGAAGUUUGCACCGAGAAGCAUUAACCGCUGAGAAAGCAGCCAUAAAUUAUGAUUUCUCUUUUUAUCCCCCACACCCCCCACCCUCGCUGAUUGGUAUCUUAUUCACAAAUCUCUCUGCACACACCGACAGAGUGAUGAUGGACGUUUGGGGAAACGAGAGCGAUGCGUCAGCGUCAUCAUCAGCCUGGCUCUCCUCCUUUAGUGUUUUUCGCUGAAACCAUUCAGCCGUCCACUGACUCAUUUUAGCUGUUGGUGCUUUUUUUUGUUGUUGUUUUUUCCACUCACCUCACACAAUAUGAAGCCAUGGCAACCAGCUUUUCUCCUGGUUGCUAAAAAGCUUGUUAAGCUUCGACAGAGAGAUGAUGGUGUAAUGACAGGUUUUGAGUGUGAUGUGUGACCUGGUGGCCUGGGGGAUAUUUAAAUCGAUUAAGUGUUGCCUUGAUCUCUUUGUAAGAGGAGUCUCUACUGUCAGUGCAGGCUUUUAUAUGUCUUAUAUAUUGCUUUAGAUUUGGCACAGUGUUUUGACUUGUUUGUAUUGUGAAAAGUGUUUUAAAAAAAGACAAAAAACAAAAAAAAUGAUGACGCGUACAAUCACCUUUCGAGGAAAGUAAUGACUCCUGAUAUCAGGGUAUUUUUAGUCAUGACUGCUUACAGUAUUUUAAUGCCAUAAUCUGUGAUCCUGUUGUAAAUUAUGUGAAGGCAACGAUUUUAAAUGUGUUUUAACGCCGCGGUUGUUACAGUGUCAGUGAAUGUACGCGUUCACCAGCAUUAACUUCGGAUCCACAUUCAAAGGAUCAGAAUUUAUUCAUGGAUUGCACUUGUGUUACAUUCAUUUAGGUGUCAGUAAACAGUGAAUAAUCUUUUCAAUCUGCUGCUUGUUGGAAGUCACUCUGCAUGAGUUUUUUUUUCUCUUCAUCAAGAAUGUCAUAGCAAACACUGACAAAUGAAACAGGGAAAAGAGAGAGAGAGAUUUUGGCAGA